AUGGUCGACGUGUACCUUUAUGUCUAUGAUCUCUCUUGUGGUGCUGCUCAGACCCUCGGACCUUUAAUUUUAGGCAGACCUGUUGGAGGCAUUUGGCACACAAGCGUCGUGGUUUUUAACAAAGAAUUUUUCUACGGAAGUCACGGGAUAUCCUACUGCCCUCCAGGUGGAACACAGCUAAAGGAACCUGGAGAAAAGUUGCUUAUGGGCGAAACGAACGUUCGGGAAGAUGCAUUGUUUCGCUACCUCGAAAGGCUCGCUGUAACUCAAUUCAAGUACAGCUGUUCAACUUCUCUAACCUUUAUUAGAGGGGGUGAUUAUCGUUUAUUUGACCACAAUUGUAAUACAUUCAGCAACCACCUCGUGGGUUAUCUUACUAGUAGACAGAUACCAUCCUACAUUCUUGACUUGCCAGAGGAAAUUGCCUCCACGCCUUUGGGUGCCGCUCUUAAACCCGCUCUCAACCUUCUUUCCGGUGGUCUUGACAACAUUCCUCAAUUUGGAUUGCACCCUGCCUUCAGUAAUGGUAAUCCACCGUCUUUUCUGAUCGCAAACUUCUUAGGCACGAACAAUCAUUCCUUCGACGGAUUGAGGGCAUCCUUCCGACCCAUACUAUUUGAUGAACCUCUACCUGCGGAACUUGCUCCAUCUCGCCUCCGGUUUCUUUGGCCCGAUACCGAAUCAUCGGCAGACAAAAUUCGGCGAGCUGUGUCAAUUGCUGAGGCGAUUUUGAAUGGAGAUCCUGAACCUUCCCUUGAGCCAACCCAUUAUCGUUUGCUUGGUAUGUAG